AUAACGGCAAGACCUCCUGCGAUUAAGAUUACGGAUAGCCUUUAGUGCUACCAACGGGAACGAACAGAUUGCACCAGGUCACUGACCCACAGAAAGACAAAAGACGAAUUUAGAAAUUCCUACUGAAAGACCAGAAAUUGGAACGCAUGGCCUUAGUAACCCGUAACCGGUAGCUUGCCAAGAAGAAGAGAUUCAAACAAAAAAAACUGGUAUUGUCAUCGAUGUCGUGAAAAACAAACGUUUCUGAAAUGUCCAACAAACCGAAAUCGGAACCAGAACCGGAACCGGACCCGAAGUAUCUGAAAGUGCUGUCCACCCACUUUGGUCACUCCGCCUUUCGACCGAUGCAAUGGCGCAUCAUUCGUUCGAUUAUCGUCGAGCGGCGUGAUAAUUGUGUGAUCAUGGCUACGGGCUACGGAAAAUCGUUGACAUAUCAAUACCCUUCGGUGUUUCUCAACCGGCUUACGUUUGUCGUUUCGCCGCUCAUCAGCUUGAUGGAGGAUCAGGUACUGUCGCUGAAUCUGUGCAACAUUCCGGCCUGUCUGCUCGGUACAGCGCAGUCCGGCAAUCCAAUCCCGGACAUCGAAGCAGGCAGCUUUCGCGUGGUCUACCUUACGCCCGAGUUCGUCACCGGUGACCGUGGCCAAUCGCUGCUGACUUCAGUGCGUAAACAGCUCGCCCUGAUCGCCAUCGAUGAGGCGCACUGUUUGAGCAAGUGGGGCCACGAUUUCCGUCCUGCCUAUCGUAAUCUGGGCUUGGUGCGAGAUCUCUGCCCCGAUGUGCCGAUUCUGGCAGUGACCGCUACCGCCACACCAAAGGUGCGCGAUGAUAUUGUGCAGAGCCUGCACCUUAGGAACGCACAGAUCCUAUGCACCGGUUUCGAUCGUCCCAAUCUGGAGUUUAUCGUGCGGCCGAAGGGUUCGCAGGGACCACUGGAAGACAUCCGGCCACUGCUGGGCAGUCGGAACCGCGAAGGAAGCAUCAUCAUCUACUGUCUCACACGUAAGCAAACGGAAGAAAUUGUGAAGCUGCUGCGCGGCAAAGGCAUCGAGUGUGAGGCCUACCAUGCCGGCCUUUCGGUUUCCAAGCGACGUCAGGUGCACGAAAGUUUCGUGCGUGACCGUUUGCAGAUCAUUGUUGCUACGAUCGCGUUUGGCAUGGGUAUCGAUAAGCCCGACGUACGACUCGUCAUACAUUACGGUGCUUCGAAGGACCUCGAAAGCUACUACCAGGAGGCGGGUCGUGCUGGGCGCGACGGUCAACCGUCGCGCUGCGUUAUGUUCUGGAGCCGGGCGGACUUUAAAACGCACGAAUUUCUUCGCUCACAAAAUGGCAGCGGUUCGGUGCAGCACAACCUCGAGCUGUUGUCGCGCAAGAUGGGCGAAUAUCUCGAUACACGCGAUUGCCGUCGGCGCUUCAUUUUGCAGUACUUCGAGGGGACACUCUCGGAGCUCGGAAGCAGCGUAACGGCGGUGACACAGGCAGCAGGCGAUGGGAAACCACACCGUUGCUGUGACAACUGUACGCGCGGUGGUGUGGCGAAGGAUUGCGAACGUUACGAAGGGAUCGAUGCCGACGGAAGGUACGAUUUUGGGACCGAUGCGGAGCAUUUGUUGAAAGCGAUCGAAGCAUUUGGCGGUGGUACGGGCCUCUCGCUUCCGAUUAUGUUACUACGCGGUUCAAAAAACAAAAAGCUAAACGAGAACAACUACCGCAACCCACUGUAUGGCGUUGGGAAAGCGCGUGAUGAAGAAUGGUGGAAGUCCCUAGGGUCACUGCUUGAGCGGGAAGGUUUCCUGACGAAAGUGAAGAUCGACAACACUUUCAACCGGUUUGCCACCAUCUACAAGAUUCAGCUGACCGCAGCCGCCCGAAAGUGGCUGAAUUCAAAUAACAAACCACCAUCGAACCGACGACAGCUGCUACUAAAACCGACGGCAGAUAUGUUUAAAUCCUUCAAAGUCAUAGUACAAACCCGUGAGCCUGUGGCAGUCAGCGAGCGUACCUCACCGUCCUCCACCAGUCGAAAGCCGGUUCUCGAUGUAAUCACAUCACGAGGCUUCCUUCCUGCAUCGGUCGCUGGGCCACAGAACAAGACGCAAGAACUCGUCCAAACGUUACUCAAAAAGCGUUCCGAACUGGCGACCGCAUUCGAGUGUAUGCCGUACAUGAUUGCCUCGAAUGCAGCCCUACACCAGAUGGCCACCAAGCGACCGCUAAACAUGACCGAAAUGAAAAACGCACAGCUUGACGGGUUUUCCGAUGUAAAGCUGCAAAAGUUUGGCCGCGAAUUUUUGAUUUGCAUUCAACAGAAGCUAAACUAUCUGCCCAGCCAACAGCCACCGGUGACCACCGAGCAGAGUAACGCGAGCUUCCCCGGUGGCAGUCUUUCGGCGACACAGUCACAAUCGUGGAGAAUGUGGAGACAGGAAGGCAAAGGCGUCCCUGAAAUUGCCAGCGAACGACGGCUAGCGGAAUCCACCAUUACCAAUCAUCUGCACGAUGCUAUCCGGGUGGGCGCACCCUUCGGAAAGCCAGAUCUUCAACGGCUGGGCAUCGAUGAUGGUUUGUAUGCAACGAUUGUUUCCCAUUUGCCACCGAACAUGGAACAGCCGCCCAUCAAGCUGACCACGAUCAAGGAACUUUGCCCGCCCGAAGUGACCUUUGAUCAGCUGAAGAUUGUGAUAGCGCUCGAGAAGCGUAAACCGCCAAAGGAGACAAAACCGACGAACGUACCUUCGCCGGAGAGUUUUCCUUCUUCCAAGAGCACACCCGAGGCGACAAAACCACCGGAGAAAAAGCCGCACGAUCCGUUCGAUGAUGAAGAUGAUGACGAUGAUCUGUUCGACUUUAACGAACUGGAUCGCCUUGAGGCGGCAAUGGUGGGUGAGAAAAAUGUCCCGUCCCCACCAUCACCGGUACUAGUGCCAAUGAGUGAACCCCGUGAUCCAACGGAAGUGCACUCGCCUUCCAUCCUAGCAUCGACGAUACCGCGCCCAAGUGAACCCCUGCAACCGACCACGACCGUUCCGAAUGUAACCACCGAAGAGAAGCGAUCGGGAACGGCAGCGUUUGUGAUGAAAACUGCAACCCGUAGCCGGCCAGUCAAUCUAAAGCGCAUCCACUACGACGAGGAUGACGAAACGGAUGAAGAGAACAACAACGGAGGCGGCGACGAUUCGGAAUCGUUUCCAAGGCCUCCCAAGCGAAAGUUGUGAGAUGAAGUGAGUUAUUCUUCUUCAAUAAAUCCGCGGCCAUCCACGUGUUUCCUGUUUCGGGGCACGA